CUUUUUGGUCAGUCAGUACAAGCCAAGCGUCGUGGCCGUGGCCUGCAGACAGCAAGCUCGCUCGUCCACGCAACAAUAUCCUGCCGGCUUCGCAGCCGUGCUUCUCUCCUUUCCCCUCUCGCCAUGGUUCUUCAAGAUCUCGGCCGCCGCAUCAAUGCGGCGGUGAGCGACUUGACACGGGCGCCAAAUCUUGAUGAAAAGGCUUUUGACUCCAUGCUCAAGCAAAUAUGCUCCGCCCUCCUCGAAGCCGAUGUCAACGUGCGCCUCGUCGGCCAGCUGCGCAAGUCCAUCCGCGCCACCGUCAACUUCAAGGAGCUGCCCCCCGCCGUCAACAAGAAGCGCCUGAUCCAGAAAGCCGUCUUUGACGAGCUCGUGCGCCUCGUCGAUCCCCACGCCGAGCCCUUCAAGCCCAAGAAGGGCAAGGCCAACGUCAUCAUGUUCGUCGGCCUGCAGGGCGCCGGCAAGACCACCACCUGCACCAAGCUCGCCAGGCACUACCAGUCGCGCGGCUUCCGUGCCUGCCUGGUCUGCGCCGACACCUUCCGCGCCGGCGCCUUCGACCAGCUCAAGCAGAAUGCCACAAAGGCCAAGAUCCCCUACUACGGCAGCCUCACCGAGACGGACCCGGCCGUCGUCGCCAGGGAUGGCGUCGAAAAGUUCAAGAAGGAGCGCUUCGAGGUUAUCAUCGUCGACACGUCGGGCCGCCACAGGCAAGAAAGCGCCCUCUUCCAGGAGAUGGUGGACAUCCAGGCCGCCAUCCGCCCCGAUGAGACCAUCAUGGUGCUCGACGCCUCCAUCGGCCAGCAGGCCGAGGCCCAGGCCAAGGCCUUCAAGGAGGCUGCCGACUUCGGCGCCAUCAUCAUCACCAAGACCGACGGCCACGCCGCCGGCGGCGGCGCCAUCUCGGCCGUCGCCGCCACCCACACCCCCAUCGUCUUCAUCGGCACCGGCGAGCACAUGCUGGACCUCGAGCGCUUCGUGCCCCGCAACUUCAUCAGCAAGCUCCUCGGCAUGGGCGACAUGGCCGGCCUGGUGGAGCACGUGCAGAGCCUGAAGCUCGACCAGAAGGAGACCAUCAAGCACAUCAGCGAGGGCAUCUUCACCAUCCGCGACCUGCGCGACCAGCUGCAGAACAUCAUGAAGAUGGGGCCCCUCAGCAAGAUGGCCGGCAUGAUCCCCGGCAUGAGCAACAUGAUGCAGGGCAUGGACGACGAGGAGGGCUCGCUCAAGCUCAAGCGCAUGAUCUAUAUCUGCGAUAGCAUGACCGACAAGGAGCUCGACAGCGACGGCAAGAUCUUCAUCGACCAGCCGACCCGCAUGACCCGCGUGGCCCGGGGCUCCGGCACCACCGUCCGCGAGGUCGAGGACCUGCUCACCCAGCAGCGCAUGAUGGCCGGCAUGGCCAAGAAGAUGGGCGGCAACAUGAAGAACAUGCAGAGGGCCCAGAGCGCCCUGGCCGGCGGCAACAAGGCCCAGCAGCUCGCCGCCAUGCAGAAGCGCCUGCAGAGCAUGGGAGGCGGCGCCGGCGCCGGCGGCAUGCCCGACAUGGCCAGCUUAAUGAAGAUGUUUGGUGGCGGGGGCGCCGGCGCCGGCGGCCUGGGCGGCCUGGGUGGCAUGGACAUGGGCGCCAUGAUGAGGCAGAUGAGCGGCUUGAUGGGUGGGCAGGGUGGCCGCGGUGGGCGGAGAUAGCCGCCCGUUGUUUUGGAGUUUCCUACCAUCUCCCUGUGCAAGUUUUACAUUUUACGCUUUUAAGGAGGGCACUGCAUUGUUCUGGCGUUUAGGGUUACGGAG